AGUACAAUAAUUCCAUAGUAAUGAAGUCUUUAUAACGUGUACUAGUAUUUAAUUUGCAUGUGAGAAUAUGUAAAGCUACCCAUCUUCCCCAGUCUAUUUUCCCUCGUAUGUUAUGCAUUUAUCACAUCCUAGGCAAACUCUUUACUCUUCCAACUUUCGUGAUAUAGAACUAUACCAUUUAAUUUACAGUAUAUGGGUAUGAUAUACACUUCAUCUAAAAUUUUCCGCUACUCCUGAGAUUUCGGUAUCCAUUCACCUUGUUAGACAAUUUUACACAUUCACCCCUGUAUCGCAGAAAGUUUGGGGAAAAAGUAUAGUAAUGAAUAUUGAGAGUAUAGUAUCCAUUAGAAGUAUAGAUGGCUUUACAUCGGCCAGAUGUUAUAACACCCACGUUUUAACAUCUUCUGUAACUGGCGCUCUAUUUCAAUGGGAUAUUGAAACUUCAAACCCUAUCUUAUCGCAUAAUAUAGAAAAACCAUUGGAUUUUGUCUUACCUUAUCGUGUAGGCACAACCUCCGAAUACAGUAGCAUAUUGCUUCAGAGUAGAGGAGAUAUAUCUAUACUGGAUCUAAAAUCCUGUAAGAUACACCAUUUGGUAGAUGCAAUAACAACGUCCUUUGCCAGGAUAAGCUUACUUAACUACGGAUCCUCAACUACUCCGUGUAUAAUAGUGCCGUGUGAGAAGAAUAUUAAAGUGUUUGAUUUAAGAAUAGAAUGUGGAGGAAUAAACUCAAAUGUAAUUCACACAAUCAACCCUCCUGUAAUUCAGACUCCUAAAAAAAGUGAAAUAGGAAUGUUGCACACAUGCAAACAAUUCUCUGCGCUCGGAAGCUCAUAUAUACUUUCAACUUAUGAAUCAGCAUCAAUAGUUAUCCACGAUUUAAGAAACUUAAAAGAACCCGCACUUCCAGUUCACUAUAUGGAUACGUUUGAGGCAAUACCCGCCCUUUCUACAUGGAAAGAUGUUGUUUUGAUAGGUGACACUGGAGGGUUGAUACAUAUGUAUCAUGUUACUCAUCAGGAUGGUAUACGUCAUAUAAAAUCAAGUAUACCAAGAGACCCAGAGAAUUCACCCGGUAUCUCAUCUUUGGAUAUUAGGAAUGAUGGUACUAUUUUUGCUGCUGGAUGCUGGGAUAGAAUUGUUCGCAUAUACGAGACUCGGUCGCUGUCACUUAAAGGUGUUAUAAAUAAACAUUAUUCGAACAUAAUAGAUGCUUCAUUCGAUAAGACAGGAAACACCCUUUGUACAGCUUCUAAGGAUGGUAUCGCAAAUGUUUUAAAUGUAUCAUAACUAAAUUAUGAAUGUGCUU